CAUACCCCCCACGUACUCGUUGCAUGUCAGCGCCUCUCUCUCCUUGAUUUUGUUUUCUUGGAUCUUUCUUGUCUUGUCUUGACAUUUCAGCCAUGACUGCUCGCCCGGCAUUGGAGGUGCCACUGGUCGCAUCUGAGAAUACCAUUGAGCAGGAAACUACACCAUUACUGGGCCAGGAAAAUAGCAAUGACGAUUUGGAAACGCAACGGAAUGAUUCCGUGUCAGAAAGUCAGCAUGAACAAACCGAACGAUCAGUUUUUGGAAUCAUCUCUGUGCUUCUUAUUGGAGUUUUUGUCUCUCAGGCCGAUACAACUCUGGUCUUUGCAACUUACGCGCACAUCACUUCGGAGUUCAUUCGAUUAGGAGGUGGCAGCUGGAUUGAUGGCAGUUGGAUUGUGACAAGUUUCGGUCUUGCGACUUGUGCUACUCAACCCAUGUAUGGAAGACUGAGCCAGAUCUUUGGAAGAAAACCAAUAUUGCAAAUGUCAUAUCUGCUGUUUUUGAUUGGUACUGCUAUUGCUGGACUCGCGAGAAACAUGAUGCAGAUGAUCAUUGGGCGUAUCAUACAAGGUGCCGGAAGUGCGGGAAUGGUUUCUAUGGUGUCUAUCUUACUGACUGAUCUGGUACCAUUACACGAGGUGGCAGCAUACCGGAGUUAUGUCAACAUAUUUUCCACCGUAGGACGAAGUUGUGGAGGGCUGAUAGGAGGCUAUCUUACUCAAACGAUAGGAUGGCGAUGGGCUUUCAUUGGACAAUGUCCCCUACUACUGCUUUCCAUCGUGCUGGUCUGGUGGAAGCUUGAGGAGCCACAGCACGAGGUGGAACUAAAACAAAGUGUCUGGACGAAACUCAAGCGCAUUGAUUUCGUCGGUGCCUUCUUCAUGUCAGUGGCUAUUCUAGCGUGCAUCACGGCCUUUGAUCUUGGAAGUAAAAAGGCCAACACGUCAGUCUUGUUCACCUUAGUUGUGAUUGGUGUUAGCGCUGGAGCUCUGUUUGCUCUGACCGAAAGGUUUUGGGCCAAGGAGCCCAUUUUCCCUCUGGAACUUCUUGGACAGCAUGCAGUCAUUACAUCAUACUCGAUCAUAUUUAUCCAGACUGGCAUUCAGGUCGCCCUUAUGUUUUUGGUGCCGUUGUACUUCCAAGUUACCGCAAACGCAAGUAUGGGUGAAGCCGGUGCACAUCUCGUUCCUGCCGUCUUUGGAAACACGCUUGGUGGUCUUGCUGUUGGCGCAUGGAUCAAGCGCACUGGCCGCUACAAGCCGCCAACUAUACUGGCCAGCAUGUCGGCUAUGCUUUGCUUCUCCCUCCUCUUAGUCCUCUGGCGCGGACACACAAGUACCGCUGGCUCCCUUGUCAUAUUCUUCGGUGGUUGCGCAUCUGGAAUGGCAAACUCUGCCGUCUUUGUCGGCUUGACGGCUGGCGUCGAGAAGCACCAAAUGGCCAUCGCAACCACUGGAAUGUAUCUGAGCUCGAAUAUCGCCAUGGUGGCAGGUGUGAGUGCAGCAAGCGCCAUCUUCCAGUCUGCACUAAGAUCAAACCUCCACCGAGCUUUGGGAAGAAUGCUCGGCGGAGACGAGAUUGCAAAAAGGGUGCUAGCAGAUGUUGCAUACGUGCAAACAUUACAUGGCGGUUUGCGGCGUUUGGUCAUACGUGCCUUUGUCACAAGUUUCCGCAGGACUUUCUCUGUACAAAUAGCCUUGGCUAGUAUGGCUUUGGUCAUUGGCGUAUUGUCUAGGCAGAAGAAGAUCACUCGAUAAAAUCUGAUCUCAAUACCAUGAAGUCUCUUUCUCCCGAACGCGGGAUGAUGCUAAUUUCAUAGCCAUCGGAAGGCACAGUGACUUCCAGAUUUGGGAAAACGUUCACUGAAAAUCGAGGCAUGGCGAUUCCUCUCCGGACAAUGACACAAAUAAGAAGUGUAUCUGAUGGCUACGAACACAACGCGGUCUCUGUUGAUGAAUACAAACAUGGAGGCUCGCCAUGUCCAGGCACCUGACAUGAUGCCCCUGAGGGAUUGAUCUGGCCAUCUUUUGCGACCUUCCUAGACUUUCGCCCAAAGUCGCCAAAUAUCGGACGAUUACAUGCAGGGAUUAAUUCGAUCACAAUACACUUUGUCUCCUCA